GUGCAACUAGCUUAUAUGAAAAUAUAAGACACAGGAAUGGGACUACUAACAAUGAGGAUAACUUCUACAGUCUUUGUGCUUCUCAUCCAAACAUUUCUUUGUUUGGCUUCAGAUGAUUCCCAAUUUCAACUAAUUAACAGGGCCACUGGCUUUUGUUUGGUAAAAUUAAAUAACCACUGCAAUGACAUUCGCUGGACAUCUGGGGAUCGACUUUUGGUUCAGAAUAAGAACAAGUGCCUGGGUGUUCAGGGAAAAACUGUGGGCAGUGAAGUAAACCUGUAUGAUUGUGAUGAAACCAGUGAGCUCCAAAAGUGGGAAUGCAAGAAUGAAACUGUGAUCGCUCUCAAAGGCCAAGAACUUUACAUUGACCUCACUGCCGAUAACACAGCCGUGCUCUCAAAUAAAGUUGCGCCCAGUAGCCACCUUACAAUUUCUGGGACUUCCAGCGGUGCUUGCACAAGAACAUAUACAGAACUUUACACCAUUGAAGGAAAUGCAGCUGGGAGGCCGUGCAUGUUUCCUUUCUUUUACAAAAGCAAUUGGUAUUCGGAGUGCACUGCAUUUGACUCUCCAGGGAACCGUAAAUGGUGUGCGGCUGAAACAAAAUAUGAUCAUGAACUCUGGGGUUACUGCCCAACUAACUCCAAAGAAACUUGGAACAAAGACCCUACAACAGGAGCAUCUUAUCAGCUCAAUACACAGUCAGCGCUGACCUGGGAUCAGGCUGAUGCCAGCUGCAAACAGCAGAGUGCCUCCCUGCUCAGUAUCAGCAAUCCUCAUGAGCAGGCUUAUAUUUCAGCACUAUUAGGGACAAAUUGGGGACAGGAGUACAAGCUCUGGGUUGGACUGAUCUUCCAGCAUUUAGAUUAUGUGUGGAAGUGGUCUAAUGGGAAUCCUUAUGCAUAUCUGAAUUGGGAGCUCAGUAUCAUUUACCAUCACUGCUCUGUAGGACAUCCAGUUUCUAAUCCAGGAUAUAAGUGUGGAAUUAUUGAUGGCGCUGUUCAGUUUUCUUGGCAAAGUUCAAAAUGCAACAAGAAACUGGGAUACAUCUGCUACAGUGAAGGACCUUUGGAUGCACCUACUGAAGCUCCCGAGAGUGGAUUUUGUACAGCACCCUGGAUCCCCUACAAUGGCCACUGCUUUUACCUUUAUCGUAAUGAAACAAAAAAAUGGUCCGAUGCUCAGAAAGCUUGCCGUAAAGAAGGAGGAGACCUAGUAACCAUUCGUAAUGUGGAGGACCAAAGCUUCAUCAUCUCUCAACUUGGAUAUGCAUCCACUGAUGAACUCUGGAUUGGACUAAACGAUAGGAACAGAGAGAGGCUGUUUGUCUGGAGUGAUCAUUCUCCUGUGAGUUACACUAGCUGGGACUCUCGGGAACCAACUGUCACCUCUGAACAAGAAGACUGUGUUCUGAUCAGAGGGGAGAAUGGAAACUGGGCUGACCGUGUGUGUGACGAGAAACAUGGCUUUAUCUGCAUGAAGACAAGUGACUCUGAACCCUCUGGAGAUGAAGUGGAGCUGAACGCAGGCUGCAAAACUGGUUGGAAAAGACAUGGAUCCUACUGCUACUUUGUAGGGAUUGAGACAAAGACGUUUCAUGAAGCCAACGAUGACUGCAAGAGCUCAAACUCUUACUUAGCUGAUGUUUCAACUGGGGUGGAUAAUACUUUCCUUGUAAGCUUGGUGGGGCUGAGGCCAGAGAAACACUUCUGGAUAGGUCUCUCAAACCUGAAAAACAGAGAAUAUUUUAUGUGGACCAACAAUGCCUACGCGAGAUAUACUCACUGGAACACUCAUAUGCCAGGUCACGUGCAGGGUUGUGUUGCUAUGGCAACUGGGCAUUCUGCUGGCCUUUGGGAUGUGUUGUCUUGUACCAAUAAGGAAAAAUACAUCUGUAAACACCUGGCAGAGGGGGCAGCUUUAACCCCAGCUCCACCAACCACUGCCACGCCUAACUGCACAGAUGGAUGGAUUAAGAUGCAAUCCAGAGGCAUCUGUUAUAAGAUCUUUACAGAGGCUUCAGAAAAGAGAAAGACCUGGUACGAGGCUAGAGAUUACUGCAGAGCCAUUGGAGGAGACCUAGUCAGCAUUCACAGCAGUGCUGAUUUACUACCAAGGCAAUUUUCAUGGCCUAAUCAAUACUGGAUUGGACUUAGUGCUCCUGACCCAGACACAGGUUAUGUAUGGAGCGAUGGAUCCCCGGUAAACUUUCAAGAGUGGAGUGAUGGAGAGCCAAACAAUGAAAAUAACGCUGAAUCAUGUGCUGAAAUGAAAUCCAAUUAUUGGCAGAAAACUUUUUUUUGGAGCGAUGUGCACUGUGAGAAGUACAAUAACUGGAUUUGUCAAGUCCACGCAGGAGUCACCCUAAAGCCGGCUCCAGACCCUGUCACCCCUGAAUAUAACACGACAUCUGAUGGGUGGCUAGAAUGGAAUGGGGCUCAGUAUUACAUUAACAAAAAGGCGAUGGCCAUGGAGGACGCCCGUAUGUUCUGCAGACAGAGGCAUGGUGACCUGGUAUCUAUCAACAGUGAAGCAGAAAGGAUAUUUUUAUGGAAACAGAUUUCAACAGGUUAUCAGAAUUCUUGGAUUGGCCUAUCUGUAGAUCUUGAUGGAACAUUUCAGUGGAUGGAUGGUUCUCAGUUGUUGUUUCAAAGUUGGCAGGAAAAUCAACCUGACUUCAAGAAUUUUGAUGAGAACUGUGCUUUCAUGACAUAUCACAAUGGAUUCUGGCAUGACUCCAGCUGUGGGCUUGAGUAUGCGUCCAUUUGUAAGCGCAGCAGCUCAACACCUGCAAACACCACCGCCGCAGUGCCUACAGUGCCCCCAAAAGGUGGAUGUCCACACCCCUGGAAAAAAUUUAACUCUAAGUGUUACAGCAUCAUUGACAAUCAGAAUUUAACAUGGCAUGAUGCAAGGGAAAAAUGCAAACAAAAGGGUGGAAACUUGGUGUCUAUUACUUCAAGAGACGUGGAAGUGUUUCUACUGUCUCAAAUGGCUGAUGCGCCUACUACAGACUUGUGGAUUGGUUUAUUUCAGUCACAGUGGAGAACUUACUGGACUGAUGGACAACCAAAGUCAUACAUCAAUUUGGGUAAUGAUGUAAGUGGGAAAAUAAUAAUCUGUUCUCAAUUCAUCACAGUGUCUCUGGAGGCCAAGCUGACUCGAUGCUAUACUUUGGUUAAAAAGUGUUCCAUUAAUUUUUUGAGCAGUGAACUUGCACCAUGUAGAUACAGUCUAUAUUACCUAUUGUGGAGGGUCAGACACAUUGAAAUAAUCCAUAACUGUAUAUUUUUGUAUUUACAAAUAAUUAAAAUCUUUGUGUUUACGUUGCAGCAUUGGUAUUGGUAUUAUAAACAAAAGAAAAACUGUUUUGUGAUCAAUACCAAGCCUUUAAUUGGUAUUGGGAAAUGGAGUCAAAAGUCAUGCAAUGACACCAAUGGAUUUAUCUGUCAUCAAAAUCUUGACACAUCUCAACCAGAUUCUCCUGAACCAACAAUUUCUACUAACUACAUCAAAAUACUCAAUGACUCCAUUAAGGUUGUUCCUCAACAAAUGAAUUGGGAUAAAGCUGCAGAGUACUGUAAAAAUGACGAUGCCCUCCUAGCUAGCCUGAGGAAUGAGUGGACGCAAGCUUAUGUUGAGCUCCUGGCGCUGAAUCUCAAGGCUCCUCUUUGGUUUGGAUUACACAAAGCGCAGAUCAAUGGUUCUUUCCGCUAUGUUGAUGGAUGGCAUUUAAUAUUCAGUCGAUGGGGUAAAAAUGAACCAAGCAAGGACAGAAGUUGUGUAUACAUGGAUGUGGAUGGAAAAUGGAAAACCACUCACUGUAACGAGACACUAAUGAGUGUUUGCAUGAAGUCGACAGAUGUGCUGCCAACAGAGUCAACUCUUUUUCCAGGAGUUUGUCCUCUAGACCCAGAGGCAACAAUAGAAAACAAGAACUAUAUCUGGGUACCAUUCAGGGGUUAUUGUUAUAUUUUUAUUACAGAGCAAAAGCGCUGGCAAGAAGCAUCUACCAGCUGUGUAGCACAUGGUGGAAUGCUUGCCAGCAUUGAAGAUUCCUCUGAGCAAAAAUUUCUAGAAAUUAACCUGAGAACUUUUCAAGAUGGCUACACAUCUUUCUGGAUUGGCCUGUUUAAAAAACAACACAAAGAGGAAUGGCUCUGGUUGGAUAAAACAGUCAUUAGUUACACUAACUGGGCUGAAGGUCAACCUGUUAAUGGCAGCAGAUUACCCCGCAGAGGAGAGAUUAGUACAUCAGAUGGGACAUGGACAGAUAUUGGCAUGUGGGUUCAAAGACCUUACAUCUGCAAGAUACAAAAAGUAUUGCUACCAAAGCCAUCACCAUCAUCGAAAACUGGAUUACCUCAUCAUCAGCGUGUCUAUAUAACCACUGCAGUUGUGUUAGUCAUUACUGGAAUUGCAGUGGUGGCAGUCAGUGCUGUCUUCUUCUUCAAGAAAUUUGGUCAUCAGUUACCCGCCCCUAACACUUUCGAUAACCCGCUCUUCUUCAGUAGUAGGGUGUCACAGCCUGAGCAAGCUGACACCAAUAUACUGGUAGAGAAUGCAGCAGAAGAGAACACUGGAGAUUUAAUCAGUAUGUAAUUUAAAUAUUUUGGGCUCAUUUGCAUGGCCCAUGUGAUUCCUAGUAUGUUAUGAAAAUUUGAGCUGAGGUGGCAGUAAAUGGCUAAAAGCAUAUUUGAAACAACACAGGAGAAUGUUUAACCAAAUAUGUAUGUUAUGACUGUGAAAAUUGAUUAAAUUUGCUUUUGUUACGAAAUCAAUUUUACCCCGGUUCUUUUUAUUCUUCGAGCAUCCAGAGACGGCACCGGACUCAGUAGUCAUUUCACAAAACCUUUAUUCAUCUUUACUCAUCUUUUACUCAUCUUUACUCAUCUUC